CAAAUUCUGGAGUUUUGUCACAAAGGUCUUUUAUGUCUUCUCUUCCUGCACUUUUAACCACUAAAGCUUUGCAAGCAAGCAAUAAUAGUUUCCCUUCAUCCAUUUUCUCUCUUUUCUCAACCAAAGGCUGCAAUGACUUCCGCCACCAAAGAAGUAGCCAUAGAGCUUCUUCCUUUGAUCCGGGUCUACAAGGAUGGCUCAGUGGAACGCCUCGAAGACACACCGAUUGUUCCACCAUCACCUGAUCAAGAUCCAGAAACUGGAGUUUCAUCCAAAGACGUAACCAUUUCAGAGAACCCUUCCAUCUCAGCUCGCCUUUACCUUCCACAACUCACUUCCCACAACCAAAACCAAAAGUUCCCCAUCUUGGUCUACUUCCAUGGCGGUGGCUUUUGCGUUGAAUCCGCCUUCUCAAGCCUCUACCACUGCUACCUCAGCAACUUAGUCUCCCAAAUUAAUGUAGCCGUUGUCUCGGUUGAGUACAGACUUGCACCAGAGCACCCUCUUCCAGCUGCUUAUGAAGACUGCUGGGCUGCACUUCAGUGGGUUGCCUCUCAAUCAGCUGGUAACGAUAAAGAUCCAUGGUUAACCAAUAGCGGUGACUUUGAAAGAAUUUUUAUAGGGGGUGAUAGUGCUGGUGGCAAUAUAGUACAUAACAUAGCUAUGAGAGCUGGGGUUGAGAGCUUGCCUUGUGGUGUUAAAGCUUUAGGUGCUUAUGUUGUCCAUCCUUAUUUUUGGGGUUCUAAGCCAAUUGGCUCAGAGUCUAAGGAAGUACACGAGAAGAGCUUGCCAAGUUUAGUUUGGAACUUUGUGUAUCCCUCAGUAACUGGUGGUGUUGACAAUCCAAUGAUCAAUCCAGAAGGGCCAGGUGCACCGAGCUUGGCUGGGCUUGGGUGUGAUCGGUUGCUUGUGUGUGUGGCUGGGAAGGAUUUGGUAAGGGAUAGAGGUGUUUGGUAUGUUGAUAUGGUGAGGAAGAGUGGGUGGAAAGGCGAAAUAGAAUUGUUUGAAGUAGAGGGUGAAGACCAUGUUUUCCAUAUGUUAAAAAUUGAGACUGAGAAUGCUAAGGCUAUGGCCAAACGCUUGGCUUCUUUUAUCUUCAAGUAAAAAAAAAAAAAAUUCGGUACAUUAGAAGGAAUGCUGCUUGGGACUAUAACAGCAAGCAAUAAUAAUCAUAAUGGUAGUAGAUGCUUCAUCAUGAUAUGUACCACUUGCUUCCUUCCAUUGUUUUGGUUUAACUUAUGCUGUUUGAUUGAGAUCAAUGAGGCAAGUUUCUUCAAUCAAAGAUGGCCUAUGGUGAAGUUGGUGUGUUUUUUUUUUUUUUUU